AUGUCGUAUCUGGGCUCCCUUCGAUCCAACGCCGCGCUGGUCGUUGCCCUAUCUCUCCUGACCAGUGUUCGUGCGCAUGGAUAUGUGGAGACUUUCGUUUAUGGUGGAAUAAACUACACUGGGUACCUUCCGUACAGCGAUCCGUACACUAACCCUGUCCCGGAUCGCAUUGAGCGCGUCAUUCCUGGUAACGGUCCCAUCGAGGAUGUCACUAGCGAUGACCUCCGUUGCAACACCGGUGGAACAGCACCUGCUGCUCUUUAUGCUACAGUCGAAGAUGGCGCCAGUGUCGAGAUGCAUUGGACCACCUGGCCCACCUCGCACGCGGGGCCUGUCAUAACGUACUUGGCUCAAGUUCCCGACGGUAGCAACAUUACUUCAUGGGAACCUGGUACCGAUGCUGUGUGGUUCAAAGUAGAUGAAGCUGGUUACGAGGACGGAAAGUGGGCCGCCACCGACAUCAUGGUCGACGAGCAGGAUAGCGUUUGGUAUUGGACCAUCCCUUCCGGUCUGCAAGCCGGACAAUACCUUGUCCGUCAUGAAAUUAUCGCCCUUCACCAGGCUGAAACCUACCCAGGCGCUCAAUUCUAUCCUGGUUGUAGCCAGAUUGAAGUUACUGGAUCUGGUUCCGACUUCCCCGACUCAUCAUACUUGGUGUCCUUCCCAGGAGCGUACGCUGGAACAGACCCUGGUAUUACCUUCAACAUGUACACUACUUUCGAUAGCUACACUAUCCCUGGACCUGCCCUUUGGACUCCUGGAGCAGGGGCUGCCUCAUCUACAGCUGCUUCUGGGGCAUCCUCAACCGCCGCCUUGGAUGCUAUCUCCACUGCUGUCUCCGGUACCACCUCCGCCGUUGAGACCACCUCGGGUUAG